AUGGCCUGGAUGUGGAAGAGAAAGUGGGUGAUAACGAGUGGCCUAAUCUUGGCAGUGUUUCUGUUUGUUCUGGUGGUUCUGAACUACCUGGAGAAGUUAGUGUGGGGACAAAAUCUGGGUGAUGGAUGGACGUUCUCAUGGCAAAACAGGGCGUCAGAAGGCCGCUCGAGUUCAUAUGUCAGCGUGCCCAAUCAAGAGCCCCUGAAGUUGCACUGUGAUGUAUGCAGCGUGGUCUCCAGUUCGGGGCAGGUGUUGGGUCGCAGAGCGGGCGCUGAGAUCGAGCAGGCCGGGUGCGUGUGGCGGAUGAACAACGCGCCCACACGCGGUUUCGAGCGUGACGUCGGUCGCCGAACCGACCUGCGCGUGGUCUCUCACACCAGUGUACCACUCCUGCUGCACCGGCCGAAGUACUUCUUCGGGCCGGCGGCUAACGGCACCGUGUACGUGGUGUGGGGGCCACGGCGCAAUAUGCGGGAGGACGGUACGGGCCAGGUCUACAACAUGCUUCGCCGAGCUGUGGACGACUACCCUAACGCUCGCAUUUAUGUCACCACAGAGGAGCGCAUGAACCACUGCGACGCCCUGUUCAAGAAAGAGACCGGCAGAGACAGGAUUCAGUCGGGGUCGUACCUGAGCACAGGGUGGUUCACGCUCAUUCUGGCCAUGGACAUAUGCAAGGAGAUCCGCAUCUACGGAAUGGUCAACAACACACACUGCAAAUCUGAGAGCCGCAAGAAAGUCCCCUACCACUACUACGAAAACGGAAGCCGCAACGAGUGUGCCGAGUACCUUCUGCAUGAGAACGCCCCCUACGGUGGUCACCGCUUCAUUACAGAGAAGGCUGUUUUCGCCAAGUGGGCCAAGUCCCACCCCAUCAAGUUUUUCCACCCUGAGUGGCACCUGUCAUGACAAAUGGAGGACGAUGACUUCUAUGGGAAGUCUGGAGCUCUGAGUCCUGGUUGGUCUCUGAACGAGAUUCCAUGAACAGGAUAAAACGGUUUCAAUUGCUGGUUAACUUGAGACAGACUUGCUGCUUGUUUCUGGUGGAACUGACCAUCAAGUGGCUGGACAAGAAGAAGUCUCAUCACAAUG